AUGUCGGGGGCAUCAACACUAUCCCCCUUCUCUCCCCAUCCCGCACGCACAAGGCCAAAGGGUGUCAAAAAAGCUAGGUUAAAGCAUCAGAACCGAGCAGUGCAACCCGAAGACCAACCACAAAAUACAGAAAAAGAAGCGACGCUUUUCGACAGAUUCCUCUGCCUACCAGGCGAAAUCCGCAAUCGGGUAUACCGAAUGCUCCUAGUACAGCCCUGCAAAUUCGACAUGUUCCACGGCGAGGGAUGCCGAAAACUGGUAGUGGGAGACGGGCCUGGACCGCGUUUCGAAGACGAAAUGACACAAAACUCAUACCGAUGUGCCGAAUGUACUUACUUCUACUACACUGAUUGGCGGCACUCGGUCAAGCCGGUCUACGUCUCGCCAAUACGUAGUAAAUGGGGCUCGCAAACGCUGCCGAACGAAUUCCUCUGUGAUCUUUGCUGGCAUCGCAAAUUCGGGAAUAUCGAUCGACCAUCUAUGGAGACUCUGCCGUGUCUGUGUACCCGGCGACUGAAUUUGCAGGUUAUGCUGAUCAAUCGACGGGUUUAUAAAGAAGCCUCGUAUAUCUUUUGGACAGAGAAUCAUUUUGCGUUUGAAAACCCAUCGCUUCUGAAGGGGUUUUUGCUUAAUAUCAGGCCAGAGGCACGGGAUUUGCUUACUCGUAUCUCGCUCAUGGCACAUCACGACUAUGACCCUCCCCCAUCAGAGGUUGUUGAGAAGAUGCUAAACUGGAAAGACGUAGAGCCACUGUGGGGGUUGCUCCGUGCUUGCGAUGGCCUAGUUGAACUUGAGCUCGACGCAGAAUUCCUAUCGAAGAAGGGCUACAUUCUUGGCAUGCGAAGACUCAGGUCAAGGCGCUUUGUUACAUUCGUCGAUCAUGCAGGAGCCACCGAGGUCGACAUGGUGCAUCGUGGUGCUCCUCAGGAAGGAGAGUCUCGGUUUAUUUGGCCAGCACUGGCAUUCCGGAAACCUGUUGAUAGGGGGUAUAAAGAACUCGCCGAGGAACUUGCGGCGAGUAUCGUAAAGGAUCUACCGCUUAGUCCGAGAUAUCUCAGGGCUUUGCAUAACAAGGCACAAGGAAGGAAAUUUGGUAAACCAUAG